UCCAUGUAAACAAACACACACUGGGCAUGCGUCACUGGAAUAAUGGAGGACUGUCUUUUCUACCCGGACUGAUGAUGUCUGUAUUUCUACUCUACUACCUGUGAUCUGAGAAAAGAACAACUCGUCGACAUUUCAGCGUGUAGUCGAGGUGGAAAGAACAACAACCUCAAGAUGACCACAGACCCACCAGCCCAAAACCUGGGCACCAGGAUAAUGACGUUCACCCCCUCCAAAGAGGAGUUCAAGGACUUUAGCCGGUACAUUGCCUACAUGGAGUCACAGGGAGCACACAGAGCUGGAAUGGCAAAAGUUAUUCCACCUAAAGGCUGGAAACCCAGACGAACAUACGAUGACAUCGAUGACCUGGUGAUUCCUGCUCCCAUUCAGCAAGUGGUGACGGGCCAGUCAGGACUGUUCACACAGUACAACAUCCAGAAGAAGCCGAUGACCGUCCACGAGUUCCGCAGGACCUCCAACUUGGACAAGUUUUGCAACCCCCGAUACGCAGAUUUUGAUGAGCUUGAGAGGAAAGUUUGGAAGAACCUGACCUUCAACCCACCUCUUUAUGGGGCUGAUGUCAGUGGAACGCUGUAUGACCCAGAUGUGACUGAAUGGAACAUUGGCCGUCUCAAUACCAUUCUGGACACUGUGGAGACCGAGAGCGGGAUCAAGAUCAAAGGAGUCAACACACCGUACCUCUAUUUUGGCAUGUGGAAGAGUGCCUUCGCGUGGCACACAGAGGACAUGGAUCUGUACAGCAUCAACUACCUGCACUUUGGAGAGCCAAAGUCCUGGUAUGUUGUUCCACCAGAGCACGGGAAAAGACUGGAACGACUAGCCAAGGGUUUUUUUCCAGGGAACGCUCAGAGCUGUGAAGCCUUCCUUCGCCACAAGAUGACUUUAAUUUCACCCUCUAUCCUGAAAAAAUAUGGCAUACCGUUUGAGAAGGUCACCCAGGAGGCUGGGCAGUUCAUUGUGACGUUCCCAUUUGGCUAUCACGCUGGCUUCAACCACGGAUUCAACUGUGCUGAGUCGACCAACUUUGCCACCCAGCGAUGGAUCGAUUACGGCAAACAGGCCACACUGUGUUCGUGCCGUCAGGACAUGGUGAAGAUUUCCAUGGAUGUGUUUGUACGCAAGUUUCAGCCUGAUCGUUACAAGCUGUGGAAAGCAGGGAAAGACAACGCUCCCAUCGACCACUCCAAACCCACUCCGGAGGCUACUGAGUUCCUGAAAGGAGACAAGACCGAGCCUGUGAAGAGUCCCAGUGAAGCUGGAUCUGAGGAGCCCACUACACCAGUCCAGGAGGACAAAAGUCCAAAGCCUCAGACGGGAACAAAGCGUCAGCUUGAAGCUAUUGAAGCCUCCGAAGACAUCAAACCUGAGCUUACCAUGAAGGAGACUGAGGAGGUGGAGCCAAAGAAAGCCAAGCUGUCACGUAAGGAGUCUCCGACUAAAGUCCCCAUCAAGCCAGAUAAAGACACAGUGAAAAUCAAGCCGGAGCCUAAGAAGGAGAGAGACACCAAGCUGCAGACUAAAUCCCAGUCCAAAGCCAGCACCAGGAAAACUUCAAACAGACGAAGCCCUUCAAAAAAAGAGAAGAACGGCGUGUCGACUGCAGACAUCGGUCCUCUGGAGCCCAUUGAGAGUGAGGCGGCGGCCCCCUGCUCCGAGGAGGCGGGCGGCAGCGAAGAGCCUCAGCUGGGCAGCAGCUGCAGCCCGGCACACAAACUGUUUCAGAGGACACUGAGCCCUGCGGACGUCCUACAUGUUCACAGCUACGCCAAAGGAGACUACGGAGAGGGAGAACCCCUGCCCAAGGAGGAAAAGAAGAGUGAGGGUAGUGACAAUGAGAUGGAGAAAAACAACAGACACGUUAGCAAAGCACAGGUGGCAGAAGAGUUGGCUGAAGACGGAGAGCUAGAGAGUGAUCUAGGGCAGCUGCCAGGCCACCAUCCGCUCAUAAAGGAUGGCAUGAGUGAUGAAGAGGCUCCACAGGAAGCACCUCCGGUAGAGGAGGGUGGUCUGGAAGGGGAGAGCUGGGCCAAACCUCUGGCCCAUUUGUGGCAGAGCAGACCUCCCAACCUGAAGAAAGAGAGGGAGUACAACCAGCGCAUCGGCUCCAAACCUCCAUACUGCUCCAUCUGCAUGCUGUUCCACAUGUACCAACAGACUGAAUGUGCAAACAGUGUAGACGGUCCUGUCAUGGUGGCUGUUGGGCGGAUGCGGACCAAACCUCUGAUCCCAGAGAUGUGUUUCACCACCACCACAGAGGAGGACUCUGAAUGCGAGGAGCAGCCCGUCACACCUCACCUGGAGGAAGACGGGACCAGCCUCCUCAUCAGUUGCUCUCAGUGCAGCGUCCGGGUUCAUACCAGCUGUUACGGUGUGGAUCCAGCCAGUGUGAGCAAGGAGUGGAAGUGUGCGCGCUGCAAGGCCAACGCUAUGACUGAGAAUUGCUGUUUGUGUUCGCUGAGGGGCGGAGCCUUGCAGAAAGCCAACAACAACAAGUGGGUACAUGUGCUGUGUGCAGUGGCUGUGCUGGAGGCACGCUUUGUCAACAUCACUGAGAGGAGUCCUGUGGAUUUAAGUGGAAUCCCUCUGCAGAGAUUUAAACUGAAAUGUUACUACUGUAAGAAGCGGAUGAAGAAGGCUUCUGGCUGCUGUGUACAGUGCUCUCAUGGCCGUUGUCCCACGGCCUACCACCCCACCUGUGCCCAGGCUGCCGGAGUACUCAUGCAGCCAGAUGAAUGGCCCUUUGUGGUCCACGUUACCUGCUGUCGACACAAAGGCCCCACUCAGAUUGAGCGCAAUAAAGCAGCCAUGCAUGAGCUGACUGUGGGACAGAAGGUCAUAUGCAAGCACAAGAACGGACGCUACUACCAGUGUGACGUGGUGCAGCUUUCUAAAGAGACCUUCUAUGAGGUCAACUUUGAUGACGGUUCCUUCAGCGACAAUCUCUUCCCGGAAGACAUCGUGAGCCGAGACUGCGCUCAGCUUGGACCCCCGCCCCAGGGUGAAGUGGUUCAGGUGCGGUGGACAGACGGCCUGGUGUAUGGUGCCAAAUUUGUGGCAGCUCAUGCCAUCCACAUGUACCUGGUGGAGUUCGAGGAUGGGUCACAGCUAACAGCCAAGAGAGAUGAUGUCUACUCUCUGGAUGAGGAACUCCCCAAGAGAGUCAAAUCCAGACUGUCUAAAGCGUCAGACAUGAGAUUUGAUGGGAUCUUUGAAGAGAAGGAGAUCAUCAAGGAGUCAAAGAGACAAAGGGUGAUCAACUCACGUUACAGAGGGGACUACAUAGAGCCUGUGAUUUACAGAGCCAUCAUGGAGUAACCCUCGCUCCCUGUCUGCUCACCCACACACCACCAGCACUGACAGACUGAACUGUGCUCACUGUACCUUAACUUAGCAGCUAGCCACUGAGAGAGUGUAGCUCCAGACGACUUCCUUCAGGACCCACUAUGGACUGUUCUCUAUUUUUUACUUCUCGUUCAUAUGUCUUUGUUGAGUCACAGAGAAUUCUGUUUGCUUUGUUUGACUGCGAUGAAGUUAAGUUUUUCCAUAGGACUCCACACAGUAGGAUGGUAGCCUGGCAGUACAUAACAAUAGGAAGCAAUAUUUACAUUUGUUCAAUAAGGUAGCAUUGUGACAGGAAGGUACCGUUAAAAAAGACAUGGCUUGAGUUUAACCUCUAAACUAUAGUAAUGUUAAAUGAAUUCUUCUUCACUGAACAUUUCAAUCAACUCUGCUACUUGAGUGUUUUAUAAGUUUAAAGGAUAUUUGCAUUAUUUUAUUUUUUUCCUGCUGCCGUUAGUGCCUGCAAUACGGAGCCUGACGGGUAUCAAAGCUAAAAGUUUGGAUUCAUUUGUACCCUCGUUUGUAGAAUCUGUAAAUGACUCAUUUUUGCCUUCAAAUUCUUAUUGCUAUUAUUGUGGCCCUUCCACACUCAUAAUUAAUCAUUUGUGUGCCCAGAUUAUUAAUUUGAGGGGUUGGUUUACUAAAUAGUUUGCUGGAAUUAUCUUAAAUGUUGCACUAGGACUGGGCAAUAAAUCAAUGAAUUCAAAUGUAUGUUUUUAAGACAAGACAAUAAAUUUAGAUUUAAGCUAGGAAUGUUACAAUGUGGGGAUGUACAGCUGCUGAGGACUGUAAAACAAGCCCCAAUCCACUCUGGUCACUCAUCUACACAGAACAUGUAGAAUUAUUUCUCCAUAGUAUUCCAUAUGAGAAGAAGGUAACCCUAGUGAUAAGACAUUACGGUGGUGUUUCAUGUCGCCUUGUCUUUUGUGGUUUGUUUUUAGGAAAAAUAAAAUAUUUUUAGGCCAUGUCACCCAGGCGGGGAAAAUAAUUCACUGAUUAAUUCAAUCUUUCUUUAAUUCAACAAAGAUUGAAUUAAUCAGUGAAUUAUUUUCUCAAACAAUCGACUGCACACAGGAGAAGUUGUAAUCAGUAAAUCUUGCUUGGAAAAUGACUAAAACAAUAAUUGUCUGUCAACUGACUAAACGAUUAAUCGUCUUACUGUUUCCAUUCUAGAAAUGCUACCCCUGAUACCUGCCAGGCUCCAUGUUCUGAGGAGGCUGGACUAAAGUUCUGCCAUGCUAGUUUGAUUGAAAAACAACUUUAUUUAGGAGCAUGCACCGUGUGAACGUACUAUAAAAAAGAAAAUAAUUAAAGCUGCAGUAGGUAACUUUCAUAAAAAUCUUUUUUCAUUAUUGCUGAAACCUUCACUAUAUCCUGACAGUAGCACAUGAGACAGACCAGGCCUGAACGGAAACAACCAAUCAGAGCCCAGAAAGAUUCCCAGGGCAUCAAAUACAGACAGUUUAGGGCACUGGGAAUGAGACUCAACAAUCAACUAAGCCUCCAACCCAAAGUUUCUUUCUGUCUUUCUUGAUUCUGAUUGGUUGUUUCUGUUCAGGCCUAGUUGAUUCUUUCAAAUGUCAUUAAGAUCUGUCUCAUGUACUACUGUCAGAACACUGAAGAUUUCAGCAAUAAUGACAAAAAGUUACUUUUAUGAAAGUUACCUACUGCAGCUUUAAGGCCUUAAAGCCAGAGUUGUCAUAAGGCUCUACAAGGCCACAACAUUACAGGAUAAUGCAGCGGCUGUAAAACGGUGGACUGCAGCUGAUACUGCAGCUCUGUAUAGUACAUUAGUGGUUCGAAAUAUCCAUUUACAAGUAACCAAAUGACCAAAAAGCAUUGGAAACACUGGUUUGUAAGGCCACUGGCUAUUCCCUGGUUGGUAAUUAGGCCUUGCUGUCUGGUACUGCCAAAUUUGAGAUCCAAACCUUUUUGCUUAAUGUCAUGGAUUACUGUUAGCUGUUUCUUUUGCUCCUCCCACUAGGCAUUGCAUGUCUACUUUCAGCAUAGAUGAUUUGCACAAUCAGAGAAAGAUAUUUCUCAAUAAAUGACAAAACCAACACAAGCUCCAUCCUAACACAAAGAAAACGGUCCUGUAUCCAACCUGUAAGGUACUGAAUGGGUCAGGUAGUGGGGCUGUAGGCUGGACCCAUCAAUGACCUCUUCAGCGCUCAGCCCCAUUUACUUACAGAAAAUGACAUCAGAGUUUACAAAGCUACUCUUUACAGGCAGAAAUCAGAAAACAAAAUUGCACUGGCACUAUCCUUGAAUUAAAGAAAUACUUCACCCAGACAGUUGGAGUCGGCGAGCUACUUGCCUGUGACAGCAGCUGGAAUGAUGGACAAAAUGUCCUCAUUCAUGGAAAAUAAAAAGUAGCGGCCAAUUUCAUGAAAUACGAAGUUACAGGGAGAUUAUUUGCAAACAAAAACACUUCCAAGUACUGGGUUAGGUUUUAAGUCUUUCUAUGCUAGUUCAGGGACGAUACCAGAGUUUCUGUUCUGGCGCUUUUGCGCCAAGUAUUGAGUACUGUCUGCAUUUUGAGGUGGAUAUCAAUAUUUUUAGAAAAUGUUCAAUAAGGAUUGGUUGAGGAAGGCAUUAACUAGUGACCUGCAACAGGCUAAUCUUAUUUCCUAUCUAUCUCUUUUAUAAGGUCCAUUCACUAGCUUUUCCCAGGGCUUUCAACUGCAGUUUGAAGCUCUGAAAAAGCUAGUUAGUGGCCUUUGAGUAGAGAUGGGAAUUCAUAAGAUUUUUGAUACCAAUGCCGUUAUCGAUUCUGCUUAUCGCUCCAGUUCUUCCUUGAUUCCUGAUCAAUUUUCUGUGUGGAAAAAACUGAACACAGUGUAGAAACAGAGUAAAGCAAAUGCAUACAUGUGAUUCAGGUGUGAAAAAAAAAAAGCUCCACUGUUAACCCUUUCAUUCACGUUUUCUUAGUCAAAAAUAAUCUGCUAAACCUGCAGAUUACCAGCAGUACAGACACUGGAGUUUGACGUCACUGUUUUGCGCAAUGGUCAGAAAAACGUGCUGGCAUUGAUAAAGGAAUUGAUCAUCUCAUACGCUCCUAUCCCUACCUUUGAGUUGAGAUUAUCCUGUAAUACAUACAUUUGAAAUUCUAAAAAAUGUGACCAAGAUACAUAUUGAGUGGACACGGAUGUGUUACAAUGUAAAGAUAGAUUUGCCACAGUUUGAUACAGUUUUGGACAUACUGAGCAUAAAAGUGGAAUAAUGUCAGAAACUGGUCACACUGGCCAGUAGUAACUUUUCCCCAGCAUUCCAGACUAUAUGGUUAUAAUAAAUGGAUACAAAACUAAUAAUACAUGGGCGAAGUAUUUCUUUGAUUGGGAGCGAUGCCAUUUAAACCACUGAUUAUGCCUCCUCUUUACCUGUAACUAUGAACUGCAUUCCUUUAGGUUUAAUGUGGUAGAAGUGAAUAUAGCUUUUACAUGUUGUUUUUACCAGCCUAUUUAUUAAGGUGCUUUGAAAAAGUAACCUCUGCAUUACAGACUGGAGUGUGCGGUAGUACUGGGGAGGUCGAGGUCGAUGAUGUAUGUUCUAUUUUUUCUACGGUAUAUAGAUGAAUUUUAAAGAACCCAUUCAGAUUUUUAACGCGCUUUGUCUACCCAGUUGUUUCCUAACUCUUCUACUGAAAGUUGUGCGUUGCACUAUUAUUUAAGUCCAGUUUGCGAGGACAUUUGAAUAGUUGUGUGCUGCCAUUGCUAAUUUGUUAAAAACCUGUUUUAGAAUGUUAAUUGUACAUUUAUAAAAAUGUCUUACGGAUUGUGUGCCCCUCCCUCUUGGCCGAGCUCACUGAUCACGCUGCACUGGAACAAGGAGGCCCUUUAGAUGCCUGUCAACUUGUUCUUGCUGUGGUGUGAGACUGCAGACAGAGGAAUGCCAGUUCAGACACCCUGCUUUCAUCAGUCCAGUGGAGGAUGAAUUUAUUUUAUUCAUAAAGUAUCAAUAGAGUUGUACAUGGGGAGGGGGGAUUUUCUAUUCUAUUUUAUUGCUUUGUUUUGUAAAACAUGUUCUAUGUGUAUUUUCACAGAGACCUGUGGAGUAAAUGUCAUGUAGUCUAUUUUAAGAUGUUGCCUGUUGAACCAGGAGACGGGCUGUCUGUUCUUGUUGUCUCCUCCUGAAGAGAUAUAACUGAACUUCCAGAUUAUCAUUCAAGCAUUUUGUAAAAUUCAUUUGUUUGUUUCAGUAAAGAAAUCUGCUUCAGCGCUA